AUGAAGGCUGAGCAAAGCGCUCCUUUCCUCAGUGUCGCCCCGUUUGAGCUGCCGUUGUGUGCUCCAGGGGUGCGCUCCAUCGGGCUCCUCCCUCUCUUCACAUCACCAAAGAGAUCCCGAUGUAACAAUCUGCACGAAUCAAUCUCUUGCCGGCUGAGUGCUGCUCGUGUUUCAUCCCAGGGAAAACCUGGCAAAAAAAACAAAACUCGCUUUGUAUCGUUGAAAGUACGCUACGCGGAUCUGGGUAGAGCAAAGAGAAUGAAUGCAUCUGUCGGGUUAGACAAUGCACUGGGUUUCCCAGCUGGUUUCCGAUUGCAGGCUAGCAUCGGCCUUAGAUCUCUUGAGCUCAGAAAGUUACCCAUCGAGCCUUGCGAGCGUUUAAUCUGUUUUCUUCGAGAAAAUUCUCCGUGUAUAUGUGUGUAUUUUUAUCCUAAGUUGAGCCGAUGGCCGAAACCGUUGACGGGGUUACGUCGCGUGUCAGUCACGCCUGGUUUGGCGGGUGUAAUCGCAGAAGACUCGAGAUCGCUUCUCGCCGAGACGCGCCGAGCAGCGAAUACUCAAGGACUGAUUGGAAAAGGCACAAAAAAAAUUCAGAAAAUCAGAAAAUCAGAAAAUAAUGAAAAAUGU